GGAGCAGUGCGAACCGAUCGGUAAAUCGUUAAUUUGCUCUAUAUUACAGUGGAGUACUUAUACUUACGAUGAGUAGACGUAGAAGUGAAAAUCUAAUAUCAGAUUGUUAUACUCUGGGAGUGAUUGUAAAGUAGGGGAUCCGGUCGGAAGAGAGAGUUUGUUCAGAGAGACAGCGAGUCUCAACGUCUCACAAUCGUGAUUAGUCAAUUUCUCAGUGCGACAACUUACGGUCAUGAUUUCGGCGAAAAGUCUUCUCAACUUUGGGGUGUUCAUCAUUCUCGUUAUCAGGCCGCGAGUUCGUGCAGUACUGGUCAAUUAUGAAAAGCCAUUCCCUCAUCGUUUUCCAGUACGCGAAGUAUCUCGAGUCGCAUUCACGCAGUAUUCGGAUGUGCCCAUGCUGAGCUUGGAAGAAAUACAAGAAGGUUUCCCGUUUCUGAAAAUACAAUCUGAUAACGUUGCUGAUCGUGCAAAUACGAGACGCUCCUUCAAUACUAGACCACAGUAUGUAUUUUAUUAUGUGCCGACGGAAUUCCCCUCAAAUUCUGGCGGUAUCUCGGAUUUCCACCAUAGCCAUGGCAAUCCCAAGCCAGUCCCGGUAUCAGAUAAACGUUACUCUUUGAGAAAUGAAAUCAAUCGUAGCUUACAAGGUAAAACGGUUCAUUCGAAGGAGUUGACAAGAAAAACUGAGCCAGUUAUUUCCAGAUUUGACAAAAAACUCAUAAUCCCUAAAGCUGAGGGUUCAAUGGGAUUCGCAGGUUUAUUCAAGGAGAAUCUACAGCCACAUGAACGAUACAGAAAACGGUAUAAUGAUGAAAGAGACAAAGAAUUCGAGUCUACUACCAAGACGAUUAACAGUGAUAAUCAGUUUGUAUAUGUACCGAACAAAAAAUUUAAUGAUAGAGACUUCUCGGAUAAAACACACAUUUUGCAAAUCUCAGAGACUAGAGCCAUACCUAAUCGAUCGUACCCUAGAGUCCCAUCUCGUUACGUACAGCCACCAAUGGUGGAGUACGAGAACAAGAAGUUUUGGGUAAAGAACAAGCGGAAAUCCAAACGACCAACGGUCGACUCGGCCACAAACGAAGAGAGGUUGAAAAAUCACAGAAACGCGAGUCAGAAAAAAUCAAAAGAAACAAGUCCAGUAAAUAAAACCCACUUGAAAAAUCACCGUCCAGUAUAUGACAGAGAGCAUGAUCCGGAGGAACUCACCGAGAGCUCAACAAACGGGAAAGCGGAAAGAUUGCACAGACGUCCAAAAGAAGAUCCCAAAGACACUUUGACACUCUCACAAGAUGGAGACCGAGUAGAAUUUCAAAUACAUGGCCACGAAGGACCAGAGACGUACAUCUUUGGUUACGAUACUGGCGACGGGAAGAACAGGCAUUUUCGUCUGGAAGAACGCCUUCGAGACGGAUCGGUGAAAGGACAUUAUGGAUACUAUGAUGCAAAUGGGAAGUUGAAAAUGGUCGAAUACAAAGUCAGGCCCAUAGGAGGCUACGUAGAAAAACACCACAAAUCCAACGAUCAUGAGUCUGACCAGACCUCAAACACGAAAAUGUAACUGUUACAUGCAAGUAACACUUGGUGAUUUGUUGUAUACGAAAUUCUAGCUAUAGCUUUUGAUAUGCCUAAUAAAAAAAUAAAUACAUAAAUGUCCUUAGACGAGAAGACUUCUUCAAUUCUUUUCUAUUUGACGGUAUACAAUAAUAUAUUGUGUUACGAGUACGGGAAAUGCGCGAUUACCAAUGAGUCUGAAGUUUGCAACGUAAGCCACAGUGAGGCCGGUACUAUAUUCAUAGAGUCGGAUAUCGCUCAUCCGCACGUCUGACAAAGCUAUUUUUUUCUAAUAUAUGUAAAGGAAAGAUUGAUUUGAGAAGAAACGCAGAUAUCAUUGACAGCUCGUAAAAUUGCGGUUACGUAACUUACGCUCGAUGAAACAGUGCGUACAGUUGAGUUAUUUGAAAGUGCGUCUCAGCUAAAGAAAACCCUAGUGUAUAAAAUCCUAUGCUUUAGUUGUGCGCAUGCGCCAACGUUAUUUUAUCGCACUGUUCGGAAAUGGGACACUUUACUCCCGCACCACAGGCUGCAAAAGUCAAGCUUUCCAAACACGUGUUGAAGAAACAAUUUCUACUACACGGGCACGAAAAACGCGGGUUUUCAAGUGUAUGUGGCGGGCUGAAACUCUUGCAUGGCAGUUUCUUGACCGGGAAAAUAAAAUUCUUGACACAGAAAAAAAAACUCUUGCAAAAGGAAAACAACUAGGAACGUGCUGCCUCUAGCGGAUAAUCUUGGUGUUUCAAUACGACGUUCAUGAUGUUGCAAAGCGGCUGCACCAGGCUCACUCGCUCGUUUCACAAGACGCGAAAACACAUAUUUCGAACCACUGAAAUAAUAAUACUGUGACGACUUGCAUGGCUAGGUUAGGUAUACGGGUUGUUUUCCGGAGAGAGAGGUAGCUCGGAGGUGAAGUGAUGUCUCUCUUGCACCAGUA